AAAUUAUCGGUUAUUAUAUUUUAAUCUAUAUAGCAUAAUAUACGUAUAAUCAAUAUAAAAUUUAAUAGUACAUUGUUAUUUCAUUCUAGUAAUGAUCUGAAAAUAUUAUCAAUUACAUAUUAUGAACUUGAUAUAGAUAAACUGGAUUCAUGUAGAUAGAAAUUUAUCAUUACCAGUGUUCAUGUCAUUGUUGAAAAUAGUUCUUAGAAUAUUGGUUAUAACCAUUUAUAGCUUAUCGAAUGCUUUUGAUUAUGUUGUGUUCUGAAUUGGGCGAUCUAUUUAUAAAAUUUUCAUUGUUAUUUUGAUUAAUAUAAGCACUUUUAAAUUUAAGAUUUAAAAUUUCUUUCUACUACCAAUUGAGUAGUUAAUCUUCAUGACCAUGUUGAUGAUUGAUUUUCUCUGGGUGGUUAUUUUUUUUUGGACCGACCUCUUACUGAGUAACCUUUUUUCUGUAUCGACAUGUGUCAGUACAGUAAGGAGUUAGUUGCAGAUUGACCUAAUCACCUCAUUUCCGGCUAUUGUGGCAUUUUCUUAACUAAGUGCGUAUCUACAGUCGCUUACAACCAUUCAUAUAAGUGCAAAUAUAUUGCAUUCUUUCUGUACUCUGUUCAUGUAUCUUUAUUUAAAUGUAGAGUCUACCCUCUCACAUAAAGUGCUUCUCAUACUUGGUACAAUUAAUUUUGUCGACGGUCUUGCAUUUGUCUUCUUUCGCUGUCAUACACCAGUUAAACCUCGUUGGUUAACAUCUUACAACGCAUUCCAUAUUUGUUUCUCAAAUGUUUUAACCGACCAAAGGAACUCUAACUCAAAUACAUCCAUCAGGACUAAUCGCAGAAGCUGUGUUGGUAUAACUAGAUGCUGAAGUCUCAUCAACAAUAAAACCUUAAGUUUUGGGAAUACUAUAUAGAUGAUGCGUUUGUUGUCAUUGAGAUACGGACUCAAAAAUUCUCCUUGAUUGAUCAUUAGCAUUUUCAGUCAAUAGAAAACAGUUAAACCACAAAAUUCUAUUGUUGUGUGUCCUGAUUUUAUCCAACGAAACAAACAAAAACGUUAUAAACAUUAUCACACAAGAAGCCAAUUCUCACAAAUCAGUGGAAGCUCAACAAUAAAAAUAAUAGCGUACAAACACUUGUAAGAAGAGCUAGAACACACUUCAGAGCUCAGCGAAAAAAGCCAAACUCUUCAUUCUGUAAAAUGGCUCCUCUCGCAAAUUCAUCAGGUGUUUGGCAAAUCGAUAUACCAUCACAAAUUCACGCAGGUGUUUAUCAUAAGAACAAAUGAUCACAAGGUUAUUGAAACCCGUCGGCAUAGAUGUCACACUAAUGCCAAUUUGAUCGCGUCAUUCUUUUUUGCGAAGACUGAGCGAUAUAUUUCAUAUGUCUUAGCCGAAAACGUCUUAUGUCUUUAUUAAAUAUUAACUCCGUCUGUUACUGUUUUGAUAUUUUUAGCUUUGUUCCUCUAGUUUUUAAGCUGUGUUAACUAAAAUAAUUUUUCAGCUUGAAGCAUGGAAUCACGUUUACAAGAUUGUGAGGUUACUAGGAACUAUAGUAUCGUUCCAGUAAUGUUAUUAGAUGGAUGUCGGUUUCUAGUGUGAGCUCUUUUUAUUUAGCUCAAAUCUCAGUUCUCAAACAUUAGACAGCACCCUAAUACCAUAACCCGAGAUAUUCUCAUUGUUCAUCUUUAAACGUAUAGCGUUACCAGAUUUUCUGAAUAUUCAUAUCAUAUUACUUUUUCUGCCUGUCGUCCUUUUACUUUUGCUAUGCUAGUAUACACAGUAGUAACAUGAAUGUGUCACGUGAUGAGUCGCAGAUUGAAUUGCAAGUAAUUUCUCAGUUCGUUGUAGUGUUGAUUAAAAUGCUUCUUUUCAAGAUGUAAACGAUUAUUUGUCUUAGUUUGAGCUUGUUUGCAAGUGCUCUUUUUAGUCUGUAAAUAUUCAUAUCAAUAUUUCCUGUUUAUCGGUAAUUUAGGGUCGAUUUUAUCUCCUCGAAUCACGUAUACAUUAAGUAGUUUAGUAUAUUUUGCAUAUAACAAAUAAUGGUACUCAGCAACCGUGUACAAAGUCAUCCGCCAAUGGUAUAUACUGUUUGGUUACUAAAUUCUCGGUACAGUGCAGUUGCAAAUUCUUAUUAGCUAAUUGAAUGUUGAUUGCCCUACCGAAUAAACCAGAGCUUUAUUCAGCUGAGUAUAUUUGACUUGAUUAUUUGAUCUUCUUUCAUCCAUUUUACACAUUAAAUAAGGGAUGUGGGUUUUCUGUAAUUCAGGUUCGUGUUUAUCGUUAUCACGAAUAACUGAAUAGUUUUGGUUGCAUGAGGUUGUUGAUGCUCAUUUCCUUUAUUAGAUCAAAAAAGUAACGUUUUGUUUGAACAAAAUAAUACCCAUUUAUUGGUCUUCUUGUGUAUAUGCUUAAAGACUAAUGCUCUACAAUAAAGUUUCGCUAAUCUUCAUAUGCAACUAAUAAGAAGGGGGAAAAUCAUAAGUGUAGCAGUCAGAUGUAUACAGUUUUAGUCGACCCAAGCUAAUUACCUUUAUAAGCGGUUUUUAAGCUUAUUUAAAUUUUUGUUACAAACCAACACCCAGUGAGAACCGUCGACAUCUAGUUACCUCAUUUCAGAACUAGUUAAAGGUGGUUACCAAUGCCCUCAUACAACAAAUUAACCAGUGCCUUUGGGUCUCGCCAUGAGCCCAGCUGGGCUACACUCGAGAUCCACUAACCAAGAAUUAUCCAAUUUGUGGAAUGACUCAAACCCCGUAGUGUAGCGUGUAAGGUUAUUUAGGAACUGCUCUGUGUUGUUCCAUUUCUGAAUCUAGUUCUGAGAGAAAUUAGAUCACAUUUGUAACUAUUAAUUAAUGCAAACUGCUGUGUUUCAUCCUAAUCAUACAUUAUAGUGUUUCCUACCAAAAUACCCAGCUACCUGAGUUUAAAUGCUUAUCAUCCAUAGUCUCAAGUUUAGUUACUAAGUUCUUAGUGAAUUAGUUUCAAAUUAUGGAUAUACUAUACAUAAACGUCCACAAAUACGAAUAUUUUAUUAUAAUGCACUUAUUUAUGUCAGCUUAUUAUCCUACUUCAUAGUUGCUUAUAUUUGUACCCGUUCUUUAGCUUGUUUUCAUGGACCACAUAUAUUACUGGAUAAACAUAUGAUUUAGUCUAUUUAUACCUCCAAUUUACAGGCACAAUAUGUAUACCGAAUGUUGAUACCUCAUUAAAUUCCAUUUCUAAGCCAUUUCGAUUUUCAACGAGUAAUAUUUUUCCAACACUUAGUAAACCACCACAGUCAACUGUUGACACAAGGUUUUCUCCGGAACAAAUGAAAGUUAGACGUCUACGUCUGUCACAAAUGAAUCUCUUUGCGUCGGGUCGAGGUAGUGGCGCACCAGUACCUAUACGUAUUGGUGAACAUCAUUUGGAUAAUAAAAUGGAUAACCGAACUCAUGUCUCCACUUCUGUAAGUUGAAAUAUUUAAAUUAAUUAUUUUAUUGCAAAAAACGAAUGCAACCGAGAACUACUUAUCUUGAAUUAGUGUUUCAUAUUUUUCAAGUGGCUCUAGUACCGGUUAUGAUGACCGAAGUAGGAGCGAAGUCGUUUGUACACAUUUUUACUUAGAAAUUCAGUUUCUUAGCUUUGUCGAUAGAAAAAAACGUACGAUAAGUAAUUAGCUUUUGCUUGAUCAUAAAGCAUAGUGUUAAGCUAAUUGGUGACGGAAUUCCCGAACUGUUCGCUUAUGUAACUAGUUUCACAGGAGCAGUUUAAUUGAAGAAGUUUGUCAUUAUUUUUGGUUUUUUGGAUAAAAUCUUUUCAGAAUAAAGCAUACGGUUUGUUUUUCUGUGGAGCUUUUCUUAUUAUCAGUAUCAUUUCAUUAGUAGUUUCGUCUAUAAACUCUAGUUUUAGGGGCAAGGUGUUCUAAUUUCCUCUAUAAUUUAAUUUUCAUUUACAACUUAAAUUUUUAGACUCAUUUCCGAUCGAGACUAGGAGGAAGUGACUAGUGUUUUGUUUCUGAAUGUUGGCUGGAUUCUCUUUAGUAGUUUCAGUAUAAAGAUGAGAGUUUACUUACACUUGCAGAGUUUUUUGUCAUGUUUUAGUUCGUGUAUCAGCCAACAAAAAUUUAAAAUAUGCGUCACUUCUUUUUCAAUGACAUGAAUCUCUCAGUACUGAUGUAUUCUACUUUUUGAUCGUAAACCAUUAACAUAUUUUUAUUUACAUUUCUAUAACGACAUCGUAUUUUAGAUUUUUAUGCAGAAUUAUUUUAGGAAUAUUGUCAGGAUAUUUUCAUUCACGUCAUUGAGGAUACACGUUUUAUUCCUCGCACACUGGUUAGAAAAUCCCCAUCAGCAAUGAGUUCUUCACUUGUCAAAGUUAAUGACUUACUGUUACUAUUAUUUUCUACAAUAUCAUAUAAAUAUUUAUGUUUAUUAGAUAUACACUAUUGUCAUCUUUAAUUUUUUAUACUUCACUUUUAUUAAAUCCUUCGGUGAACAAACAUUUGUGGAACUCGUUUUAUUCACUAAGAUCAAAAAUCAAGGUUAGUUACAUAGAAAGUGUAUAUUUUGAUAAACUAUGAAUAAAAUGUAAACAAAAAACAUCCAUUAUGUAUAACUGAAGCUAAUUCACAACACUCUUUUAUAAAUGAACUAUUAAUUCUACGAGUGUAAUUGUUUCUUUAGUAAGAAAUAUCAAAUAUUGCAGUACUGUGUCGUCUAUGAUUUAAUUAUUAGAGCUGGAUCCAAUUGAUUAGUCACAAACUCAAACUCAUGGUUCUGAUCAAAUUCGUGUCAAGAAGAGUGAAAUUAAUGACUCAGAUUUGACGUUAAACAAAUUCUACGCUGUUUUUUCAGAUCAUGAAUACAAUUUCAAUAUAUUGUGAUAUAUUUUACCAUGUCCACAAACAUGGAUUGAUUUUCGGUUUAUGCUAGUUUCGUAAAGCCUAUUAUGUAACAACUUUAGUUAAUUACAUUGCUUCGUGACCUUCGAGUGUUGUUUAGCUACAAAUCUAAAUUUGUAUACUACAUUGUUAUUUAUAUUGGUGUCUGCAAAUUUUUAUUUGGCUCUUUGCAAUUCACAAAGUAGGUACUUCUUGUCGGAACGUUAUUAAAAGUAGCGUAUGGGACUUCUCUACUAUUAAUUACAAUUAUUUCACAAUAAGAUUGGCCAACUAAUUUACCUACUGUCAAAAACGAUUUUAUACUAAACAACUGUUCAGUCGUUUAACAGCGUAAUUAAUACGGCGUAACGGUUGUUUACUUUUACUUAUUUUGAAGUAUAAGAACCGAAUACUGAAAACAAUUUUUUUAAGAUAAAAGUAUUAUGAUGAAGAACUCGUUGCCAAUGAAAGAUGUUCACCGCUAGUUUACAAAUUAAAUUGAUCUAAAAAUCCCGGAUGUAUGAGAAUCUUGUUUAUGUGAAUAGACUUGUUUUGAGCAAAAGACUGAUUUCUUUCCUAAACCAGAAUUGUUUACUCUACUAAUCUAUGAGAACUAGUUAUAUCCAUUCAUUAUAUUGAUUUACAAUAUCUUCAUCUUCUAUAGGCACUUUAGUCAAUAACAGUUCGUCUAAUGCACUUCUCUCCGUUUCGAAUUAUAUCAGCAAUGAGCAGGCUGAAUUAGAAGAGGCACAAAAGAAGUUAGAUAAAGAAGCAGCUGUACUAGAGCAGCGUUUACGCCAACAAAUGGCAUACGAGCCAGGCACCGCAUUAGAAGAAGAAUUGUUAAGACGAUGGUUUAUUUUAGUCAAUAAGAAGAAUGCCCUAAUUCAUCGGGGCUUCCAGUUGUCUAUAAUGGAGAAGGAAGAUGAUUUGAAAAAGAAAAUGAAAAUGUUGCAGGAUGAAUUACGAUCGAUUUUAUCCGUUGAAGAUUAUUUGAAAACAGAUAAUGAUAGAAGACGAGAAGAUCUUCUUUUACAAGAUCUUGUACGAUUGGUCAAUGAACGUGAUGACAUCAUUCAGGAAUUGGAUUUGCAUGAGAAAGUAUUAGCUGAAGAACUAGAACUGGAGCAAAAUGCAGGUUAUAUGUCAUAUGGGAGGCGUAGAAUCGACAAAAGUUGUGUACUACAAUAAUGCUUAACUUAUCCAGACAAGCGUGUACAAUGGGCUGUGAUUCAUAACAGAAAAUAUGUUUCACUAACCACUUCUGUUCGGGAUUUAUUUACUCAUUGAUGUGUACAUCGAUUCCUUUCGAAAAAGAGUACUAUUACAGUCUCUUUCAGCGCCAUAUUUCAAUUACUGUCUCAGGCGAUCACUUUUUCGUGUAUUUUCCCCAGAUGUCAUUUAAUCAGUCUUUUUCUGACUCCUGGAGUAAACAAAUUGUGAUGUUACUUUUCAUUUUCCUGGGACUGCUUUGUGUUAUGAAAAAGUUCCUUGUAUUGUUAACUUUUAUUUCAUAUUUACUUAAAAUAUAUCAAAUUAUUUCAAAAACAGAAUGAUUGUAACCUGUCUUAUACUGUUUUAUUUAUCAAUAAUACGUUUCAUGUAUAUGUAGUCAUUAUUAUUGUAUAUUUCUCUUUUCUUUCUUGAGAGUCUAUUAUGGAGUUCGAAUUGAGAAUAAUACAAGUUUAAACCAAAGUGAAAAGUAUGACUUCUCAUCGGUUAUCAAGGGUUUAGACGAACAUGAUACGCAUGUCAAUGCUUCGUUUAAUAGCAUCCACUAGCAAUUACCCGGAUAAUGAAUGUUU